AUGCAAAUCGCAACAAAAUUAAUAAUCGGUAUAAUGAGUACAUGGAAGCUAAUACAACGACGUUGUUACGAUCUUCUUUCACAUAAAUCGUCAUUACUUAUUAUUCUUAUUGCAUUUACAUGCAUAUUUGUUGGUACUGUACACUUUGGAGAGGUAUGGCUUGCUUGGAGUAAAGAAAAGUAUCAAGCCGUAUUCCAUUCGUUCAAUGACAAUAUCAUCGGCACUUCGUUUCAAAAUAAACUGUGCCAGCAUGUGCCUAUUGAUGUAGUUUAUACGUGGGUGAAUGGUAGCGAUCCAACGUUUAUUCAAGAUUUACAUAAAUAUAUACCAGUUCCUAAUGACAUUAACGCAGCCGUGUCGAGAUUCAAUGAUAAGGAUGAGUUGAGGUACUCGUUGCGAUCUCUAGAAAUGUAUGCACCAUGGGUUAGACAUGUUUAUAUUAUUACUAAUGGCCAAAUACCCAAUUGGCUGGAUAUGGAUAAUGAGAGGAUGACACUUAUCAGUCAUCAUGAUAUUUUUCCUAAUAAAAAUCAUCUACCGACUUUUUCAAGUCCAGCUAUUGAAAGUCAUAUCCAUAGAAUACCAGGAAUAUCUGAUAAAUUUUUAUAUUUUAACGAUGAUGUUUUCCUGGGUACGGAAGUCUGGCCUGAAGAUUUUAUCACGCAAACUGGCGGGCAAAAAGUUUAUUUAGCUUGGUGGAUACCGGACUGCUCCGAUAUUUACAGUGAAGUGAUGGAAGAAGACGGUGACUAUCCGUAUAAGCUUCUUCAAAUGAAUCAAGAAAAAGAAACAGCAAAAUUUUUUGAUUCAUUAAAGCAAAAAAAUCAAAAUAUAAAUUCUUCAGUUACAACUCGUCCUUCUGUUAUGACUUCUCCAUCAUCAUUACCUUCUUUAAAUUCAUUUUCAACGUCCAGUCCUUUGAACGUUAAUGAAAAUUCACUGGAUGAUAUAAUUAAAUUACUGAAGGAUAAACAUAAUCAUAUAAAUAAUACUCAAGAUAAUGAAUUAAUACUUUCAAAGAAUAGUUUUAGAAUAAACAGAACUGCCGACCAAAAUGGAGAUAAAAAAAGAAAAAAAUUAUCUACGUCCACUGAAAUAAUAGGAUUUAAGUACGAGUUUGCUCAUCCGAUGAGUCGCCGUAAGCAGCAAAAUCGAAAUGAUGAUAUUAUAAAUCUUGUACAUAUAAGUGAUCCUGAAAAAUCAGACAAUAUUAAUAAUAACAAUAAUAAUGACAAUGACAAUAAUAAUAAAUAUCCAAGUCACUUAAAACGUAAAAUACGUCGACUGGAUACUUAUGCAGAGUCAUUAUUAUAUGUUAAUAGAAUUUAUAACGCAGCCUAUGGGUUUCAGCGACGUCGCGUGCCAGCUCACAUGCCACAUUUAUUAGACAAAAAAAUAAUAGUGGACAUGCAUGAUAAAUUUAAAUUUGAAUUCGAUAAAACUUCGUCUCAUCGCGUAAGAAAUUCUCAAGAUAUGCAAUUUGCAUUUUCAUAUUUUUAUUAUCUUAUCAGUGAAAAACAACAGUCAACUGCUGGUGAAAUAUUUGAUAAAUUUGAUACUGAUAAAUCGGGUACAUGGUCUGAUCGUGAAAUAAGAACUCUUUUAUCACGAAUAAAUCCACUUCCGUUGGAUUAUAGUCUUGUGGUAGAUUUUGAAAAUGCAAUUACUAAUUGCUCACGUCGUAUUAAAUUAACUGAUAGUAAAAAUGUAGAACCACCAUCGGGUGAACGUUAUCUUGAUUCUAUUCUGCCUACUGUGACUAAAGAAUUAAUAAUAAAAUGUGACGCGAUAGCCAAUAAAAUUAAGUCGCAGUUUGGUGAAAAAAAUCGUUAUCAACAUGAAAUUUUAAAAGCCGGAAGAAAUGAAAUAUUUGAAAUGUUAACGAGCAACGUGUCCCAAACAGUACAAUUGCUUGAUGAAAUACGACGAGAGCCAAAAAAAUUUAUUUGUCUAAAUGAUGAUAUGGAUCCUUCACGAAAAUCAGAGAACGAUAUUAUUCGAGCUUUACUUAAUGAUUUUUAUCGUUCUCUAUACCCACUUAAGAGCAAUUUUGAAUUACCUGCUCAGUAUAGAAAUAGAUUUUCUCACCGAAAUGAAUUAUACGAGUGGCGAGCUAGUCGAGCGAGAGCUAGGAAUAUUUUACUUUUACUUAUAUCAUUACUGAUGUUUAUUACGAUUUAUCAUUUAUUUUACAAUCAAAUCCGACGAUUUUUACGCAACAGAUCUCUUCCGGCUUUUCUUGUGUAA